AUGAAUGUAUUGAGAAGUUUCAAUUCUAGUACAAGACAUAUACUUCGACAACCAAUAGUAUCAAGAAAUACAAUUAGAGCAAUCAUGACCAAAACCGAAGAAGAAUGGAGAGCAAUCUUAAGUCCUGAACAAUUCAGAGUAUUAAGAGAAAGAGGUACAGAAAUCCCCAAUACUGGAGAAUAUACCAAUACUCCAGCUUCAGAUGUUGGGAUUUAUGAAUGUGUUGGAUGUGGACAACCAUUAUAUAAGGCGCUGACUAAAUUUAUUGCCCAUUGUGGAUGGCCUGCAUUUUAUGAUGCAAUUCCUGGUUCUAUUAAAGUAUAUCGUGAUGAUUCUUUGGGUAGAUUACGUGAAGAAAUGAGAUGUUCUAAUUGUGAUGGACAUUUAGGACAUAUUUUUAAGGGAGAAGGAUAUAGUACUCCUACAGAUACAAGACAUUGUGUGAAUAGUGUUUCGAUUAAGUUCAAUCCGGAAGAUUCCGAAUCAAAGUAA